GGUGAGCCGUUGAAAGGAGCGACGACGCCAUCACCAAGAGAUAAGACGAGACAUGAGCUUGAUAGUGAAAAGAAGAAGAUGAUAAUGGAAUGGAUGGAACGAACUGGAAAUGCUCCUACGGCAGUUGCACCAUCUGAGCAGCCCAUCGUGACUCGAUCAAUGAAGGAUGACGAGGAGGCAUUGAUGAGUUACGCGCAAACACCAUCCAAGGAAUUGAUCUCGAUGAAUGAGCAGUUUGCGGAUAACGCGUGGAAUUGUGAUGGUGCUGCUGGUGAUGAUCGGCUUUCAGCCGGAAUGGGUGCUGGCGAGGGAGGGGAGUCGAUGUUGGAUGGUGACGGUAUUGUUGGUCAUAUCGAGCAUCCUUUGAGCAUCCUCAGUUUGGAUAAAACAUCAGCGUCAACAUCUGCAAAAAGUUCAUCAGAAAACGUAUAG